GCCGCGCAUGCGCGAGGGCGCGAUGAGAGCGGGCGGGCGCGCGGCGCGCCUGCGCAGGGGGACAGCGCCAGCCCCGCCGGACACCAACAUGGCGCCCUAGGUCCGCCGCGCCAGCACCACCGCGGGCGAGCGAGGCGGCCGCCGCCGCCAUCAUGUCCCGACACAGGAACGUCCGAGGCUAUAACUACGACGAAGAUUUUGAAGAUGAUGAUGUGUAUGGCCAAUCAGUAGAAGAUGAUUAUUGCAUUUCUCCUUCAACAGCAGCUCAGUUUAUCUACUCCAGACGAGACAAACCAGCAAUGUGUGCUGAGCCAUUAGAAGAAGAAGGAUAUGGCUAUGAAGGUACAGAUGAUACAGCUGAUUAUUUUACAUCUAAUCAUCAGUUGACUGACGUUGAUAGAGCCCGUCUUAAUUCAUGCCUUGAUCAAAUGAGAGAAGUUUUGGCAGAGUCUGUACCAGAGCAAAAAAUGGUGCAAGCAGUACUGGAUAGUAAAUUUGAUGUACAGAAGGCUUUGGAUCUUGUGCUUUCUCAAGGCAGUAAGCAAAAUGUGAAGACCAAGAAUGAGGACACUGUGACUGUAGGAAAGACAACAAAAGGAGACUUACUUUGUUGUCCAGAAAUGUGUAUUGAUACAGGUGGUUUCUCUUGUGCAGCAGAAAGUGUUGCUGACAACACCAACAAACCUGGGUUUGGAAACCUGACAGCCAAAAGUGGUUCAGCUUGUUACUCUCUAAUUAAAAAUGACAGAAUACUCCUUAAUGCUGAAAAAUCCAAUAUACCUUCAUCUGAAAGGAAAGGGUUGAAAUGCUCUUCACUUGUUCUGUCAUCUUGUUUCAGUGAUGAUUUAUGUAAAGAAUUGUUUUGUGAACCUGUGAAUAAACAGGCAGAGAAUCAACUACCAGAAAGUGCUAAUACAGUAAAUUUGAUUUCUAACAGUGAAGAUAAUUACUUUAGUAUAGGAAGUAACCCAUCUGGAUAUUCUUCUUUUAAGAAGUUGGAAUGCAAGGAAACACAGGACUUGAAAUCCUUGCCAAUGCAGAAUGUGCUUUGUGAUUCUCUGAGUCCUGAAGACUGCAUUCCUCUUGUUUCCUCAGAUACUUCUGAUCGUAAUAGUAAUGCGUAUUUUUACAGUCCUCCGUGUUUAACAAGUGCUUUAGGAAAAUUGGCUCUUGAUAACAAAGUCAGUCAUACUGUAAAUAGAAAUAAUGAACUUGAAAAUUUUUCUUCAGUUGUGCAAAGUAGAAAACAAGAAAGCCCCUCUUCAGAUACGGCUGCUUUGCCAGUGUUAAGGUCUGGAAGUACAAUGUUGGCUGACUUACUUCAGGAGCACCAGGAAAGCAGUGCUAGCCACUGUUACUCUUUGGCUGACCUUUAUACCCAGUCAACAGCAAGUCUCACUGAUACAAAGUUGGGAAUCUCACCAUUAUCGCAACUAGUAAGUCAACCUCAAACUUCAGGUGGGAUGCCAGAGCUAACAGGAUCUUUGUCUUCUCUAGUCCUGUCCAAAGUUUCUCCACGAAAGGAGGUUGAGAAUUUAUCACUCUCGGAUUUAAUAGCAGAGACUAUUGAAGUAGACAAAACUCAACAACAGACAGACUUCCCCAUGCUUGAUGUAAUUGAACUAAGGCCCUCUAAAAGAAUCAACAUUGAUUUAAGUGUCCUCGUAAAAAAUGCGGAUGUUUCUGCAAAACAAAAUGUGGUAGGACAGUCAAGUGUCUUGAGCCCUGAAUCUAAACAUUUAAAAGAAAAACAAGGAAAAUAUUCUGGUUUUGCCAAAACAGAUAAAAAACCCAAAAGAGGUUUUGCUUCUAAGAGGCAGGAUUUGUCCCUUUCAUGGAUAAAGGCAUUGCGUGCAAGACCUUCAGCUUUUGCUUUAACCUUGUGUCUCCGUUAUCCUCCAAAAGGUUAUAAGCGGCGCACAAUUGGUAUACAUAAGGCUUUCCUAUACAGUAGACAAGUACAAGAUGUAAAACCCAAGGAAACUGGUCCUAUAAUAACCAUAACACCAUUUGACUUCAAAUCAGCAUCUCCUGAUGACAUUGUGAAAGCUAACCAAAAAAAAGCUUUCACAAGAGAGUAAUGAAAAAAAAAAAGAAAGCAAAAAACCAAACCAGCCAAGCAACCAAACCCACACAAACAAACCCCUCCAAGAAACAGUGUUUAUGUCUUGAUAUAUGAAAAAUAUUAAUUAUGUAGGACCUAUUUAUAAUGCAGAAUUGGAUUUUUUUAUUUUUUUGACAUGUUACAUUCUCACUGUUUGGUAGCAAAUUUGUAUGUGAACUUUUAAGCUGUUGCACUGAAUAUCUUUAUUUUUGUCUAAUUUUCACUGACAAUAUAACAUUUUUAACUUUUGCAAAGUCUUGAACUUUACUAUAGAUAUUGCAUGCACAAAAUUCUAUAAACAGCAUUAGACUUCUUGAAACAUCUGUAGGUGUUGAAGAUACAGUUUGUUGGGAAGAACACAGUUAUUAUUUUGUAAUUUAGUUUUGCUAUAUGGUGUGUAUAGUUUGGGGAGCAGGAACCUCAGUUUAUAUUAUGACUGAUGUAAUAAAUAUUCUUAAAGUUAGAUUUUCUGAUAAGGUAUGCUGGUAAACUGCCAGUCUUGUAGUUGAUGUUUUCAGUCAAUGUCAUUAUUCUCUUCUAUCGUUAUACUGAUUACAAUAUUACAACAGAAAUACCUUUAGUUUUAAAAAGCCUCGCUAACCUCAGGUCUUAAUGGUUUUACUUGUGGUAGGACGUGUAAUUUUUGAUAGGACCAAAUUUUCAGGGGAGCAAGCAUUUAAAACUGUGUGCCUCCCCUCCACCCCAUCAGCUGUCAAAAGUGUGGAAUCCGCUAUUUUGUGGGCAUAUACAUGUAUUUCAUUGGAAGAUUAGCUAGGAUUCUGUGGUUUAUUCUCAGGUUUUUUGGAAAAGUAUUGGCAUGAGCGUUUGCUCAAUUGAAAAAAAAAAAAAAUGGGCAGUGUAAGUGCUGUUUGUGUCUCCCUCUUGUCUGUUUUGAAGAAAGCUUUCUUUAGUAAUGGAAAUGUAUUCUCUUCAACUGUUUGCACCAGUCGCUGUUACUUUGAAUCUUUAAAUGGACGAUCAGAAUUGGGACAUUCUGAAAAAUUUUUUUUAGCUGAUAGUUACCAGAUUCUGGUGCCCCUUCUAGUCAAAUUAGUAACUACAUGUGCAUUUCAACUUCUCUUUUAGUAAAUAUUACUACUUUUAGUAUGUUUCCAGUGUCAGUGUCAGUAUUUUAGAUUCUGAACAGCAAUAAGUGCAAUAAAAGUACUGCUGCAACUAGAAGAAUGUUUGUUCAGAUACUGCCAUACGCUUAUUCAUGCUAAACUUGGCAGCUAGUAUGGAACAGUAGAUACAAUUUUAAUCUAAUUUCUGUUGAGCAUGUUGAAUCAAAAAGCAGACAAAAGCUUUAGGUUUAUUCCUAAAGUCAGGUUGCACUACAGUUUUGUUUCUAAAUAAAAAUAAAACAUGUUCCAGUGCUCUCAGGUACAAAUUUCAUGUUCUGUAUAUUUUGCUUGUUUGUCUAGUUGAUGCUAUUGUCAUUUAGAACUAUGAACAGUGUGACCUCUGACCUCUUGAAUGAAAUUAAUAUUUCUUACCCUUACUAAUAAAAGUUUUAUAUAAUGACAGUGCUGCAGUGUUUAUGUUCUAGCUGACAUGUUAAUCUAGCUAUCUGUAUUCUUACUUAGUUUGAGUGCCUUAAAGAACUGAAGUGUAAAUAAUACAAUCCAGGGUACAUGCUAUGAUCUGAUAAGUUCAUGGGCAGGACCAGAAUUUAUUUACUUUCUUGGAAGACUUCCUACAGAAGUCUGGCUGAUACUGAUGGUACACUGGUUGUUUUAUUAAUUAGUCUUAAUAGUAAAUUCUGCUUUUUGAACAGUAUGGAAUGCUUUUCAAUGAUCAGUUUCUCUGUAGUUACUCCAAAUAUUAACUUCCUACUGCUUAAAAGUUCAAGUCUCUUUUUCCCACUGAGGCACAAUGUCCUACUUGGAGAGUUUAUAAUUAAAGUUCAGUUUUUCCAGAAUUAUAUAUAUUCUUCUAGUAGAGAAAUUCAAAUUUUUAAAAGUAAAGUAUUAGUGCAAAGUUUGGCAUCAUCAUGCCUGGUAUAUUUUUAGGUGGUUUUGCUUACUUAUGUUCCAAAUACUCUUGAGGCACUAAUUAAUGUAGGUAGAGAUUUCUAAUACAUGGCAGUUUGGUUUUUGUGGUUUUUUUAAAUUUUCACUUGAAUAGCUUUGUUUUUCUCUAGAAAUCUUUCCUUUUACUCUUGCUGAACUUGUCCUUGAUUUUGGUCUAUUUUCUCAUUCCCCUGGCUGCUUUUCUUUGCGUGACACUUCUUACAAUUUUUUAAUAAUUUUGGAAUGUAAACUGGACAUACACCUAAAUGUAUGUGCUAUGAAUUCCAUUGGAAAGUAUGUACAAGUAGUGGGUGGCAAUGCGUAGUACUCAGAGCUCAUUUUUGCCAUAGGUUUCAUGCAGAUCAAAGUUGAAACAAGUGACUGAAGCCAAAGGGCAUCAGCAUUACAUCUUUAUUGUAGAUCUUACUGUGGGAUUGAUACCUCGGUAAACAAUUUUGGAUCUUGUGAUAUAGCUAAAUUUUCAUGUAUAAAUACUUUUUCAUUUGCAUUUGUGUCAGUGUUGUUAGUGGUCUUGAAGAAGAAAUACAUGCUGUUUAGUGUAUAAGAAGUAGGGGUGGGAUUUUUCUUCAGUUUGCAAUCCUAAAUCCCGAAGUGAGUGUUGAAUUAGUACAAACCUGCAGGCUGAACACUGCAGAAGGUACCUAAGUGGUGGAUAAACCUAAAUUCCAAUGAAUUUUCAGUAGAGGUUGUUCAUUUCCAUGCUUGGAAAAUCUUACAGUUUUGUUUUUAUUAGGAAAAGGGAAUGUGUUACUAUAUUUGCUUUUUAAGUGAAGCAGAUAUUUUAAUAAUUUCCUUACUGAGAACUGGGUUUGUGUCAUUAGUGACAGGUUUAAUUGUUUUAGAAUACUGCAUGAUACUACAGCAUAUGGCACUUCUGUAUAACAAGUCUGUCUUUGGCCUUUGCGCUGAAGUGUUUCUGCCUAAUGAAUGUUGGAAUUCUUGUUAAUAAAUCUACUUUAUGCUUAAAGAGCUUAUUUUAUUGAUGUAUGUAUAUAAAUUUCCCCACCCCCCCACCCCCCAUUUUUCAGCUAGUGGGUAUCUUUGUCUAAUACAGGUUGUGCUACUUGUUUUGGAAUUCACAUAUUAACAUUGUAAAGUACUUGUGUCUCUGUUUGCAUAUGGACAUAAAGAGAAUACUAAGCUACGUAGACCUACUACUUCUAGUAUUCAGAUUGUGUACUCCUAAGGUAUUUUGUACAUUAAAUUUAUUUUGUACAUAA